AUGUCUGAAAGUAAUCCAGAUUCCCAAUUGAUUGCUGAAUUUGUAUCAAUAACCAAUUCUUCUACAUACCUUGCUGAACAGUAUUUACUGAGAAACAAUAAUGAUUUGGUGGAAGCAGUCGAAGAUUUCUAUGCCAACAGCGAACCAUCUCAAAAAUCAGAAACCAAAAAAUCUUUUUCUUCUUCUAAAUCAACAGGCUCCGGUAUUAAAACAUUUAGAGAUUUGAAUGAUGAAGAUGAUGAUGAAGAAGAUGAUAAAACCAAUACCAAUUUUUUUACUGGAGGAGAAAAAUCAGGGUUGCAAGUUGAAGAUCCUAAUAAAGAUAAGGAUAAUGAUAGAUCAAUAAUUGAUCAAAUUUUCCAAAAAGCUAGAGAACAAAUGCAACAACCAGAUGAUAGACCUAGUGCUUCUCAAGAUGAUCAACCGUCACCAAUUAAAUUCUCCGGUAAAGGGUUCAAAUUAGGUGACGGGAAUGAACCAAGUCAAAUAGUGGAAGAUCCUACCACCAAUUCUCAAAAAUUUAAACCUAGUAAAGUGACUAGAGAAAUCACAUUUUGGAAACAAGGUUUUACAGUAGGUGAUGGACCUUUACAUAGAUAUGAUGAUCCAAGAAAUUCCAAUGUUUUACAAGAAUUAAAUCAAGGAAGAGUUCCAAUGUCGAUUUUGGAUGUUGAAUUUGGUCAAGAUGUUGAUGUUUCUGUAUACAAGAAAACUGAUGAAGAUUGGUCACCUCCUAAAAGAAAAAUUGGUGGUUAUCAUGGUACAGGCCAUAGACUAGGUUCACCAGUACCUGGAGAAGUACUUGUAAAUAAUGAAACAUCUUUUCAACCUGACAUUAAUAAACCAAACGGUAAAGAUAAAGAUGAAGAGAAAGAUGAAGAUGAAGGUGAAGGUGAAGGUGACUCCACAGUUCAAAUAAGAUUUGCUAAUGGUAAAAAAACAUCGCAUAAAUUUAAUUCAUCAGAUUCUAUUCUUAAAGUUUAUGAAUUUGUUAGAAAUCAUGAAUAUAAUUCUGAACCUACUAGAUCAUUCACUUUAAGUCAUGCAUUCCCAGUCAAGCCAAUAGAAGAAAGUAAUGAAAUUACAAUUGCUGAUGCUAAAUUGAAAAAUGCAGUGAUUGUUCAAAGAUGGAAAUAG